AACAGGAGUCACAGGUCGGCCAUGAGGAAUCACACGCAAGUAACUGAGUUCAUCCUCCUAGGGCUCACAGACGACCCGGACUUGCAGGUGGUGAUUCUCCUGUACAUUUCUGUCACAUACGUUCUGAGCAUCACUGGAAACCUGACCAUAGUCACUCUUACCCUGCUGGACUCCCGCCUCCACAGCCCAAUGUACUUCUUCCUGCGCUUCUUCUCCAUCCUGGAGAUCUGCUUCACCUCCGCCUGCAUUCCCAGACUCCUGGCUACCAUUGUCACCGGGCACAGGACCAUUUCCUACAACUGUUGUGCAACUCAGCUAUUCUUCUAUUUUCUGCUGGGGGUGACCGAGUUCUUCCUCCUUGCCGCCAUGUCCUAUGACCGGUACGUCGCCAUCUGCCAGCCUCUCCACUACACGACCGUCAUGAGCCAGAAAGUCUGCACCCUGCUUGUCCUCUGCUCCUGUCUGACCUGGUUCCUGGUCAUAUUUCCUCCAAUUAUCCUUGGCCUCCAACUGGACUUCUGUGGCUCCAUAGCCAUUGAUCACUUCUUCUGUGACGUCUCCCCUCUGCUCCUGCUCUCCUGUUCGGACACCGGGUUCCUUGAGCUGAUGGAUUUCAACUUGGCCUUGGGGACACUACUGGUCACCUUGGUGUUAGUGGCCGUGUCCUACACAGCUAUCGCCCGCACCAUCCUGGGACUGCCCUCUGCUCAGCAGAAGAGAAAAGCCUUUUCCACCUGCUCUUCCCACAUGGUCGUGGUCUCCAUCACAUAUGGCAGCUGCAUCUUUAUGUAUAUCAAACCGUCCGCAAAGGACAGGGUGGACCUGACUAAGGGGGUGGCCGUGCUCUACACUUCCGUGGUCCCCAUGCUGAACCCCUUCAUCUACACCCUAUGGAACCAGCAGGUCAAGCAGGCCAUCAGGGACCUGGUGAACCGAUUUCAAUUUUCCACCGAGGGGUGA